CUCUGACACGGCCCACCACCCCGUUGCCGACCGCCACGCCACCCUCUCUUUGGCCGCGCCGCCUCUCUCCUUCCUCCCCUCCCCUACUAUUCCCCUUGUCCCUUUCCUUUCUUUGUUCCUCACUAAUCUUUCCAUAUUGGUUUUCAUCUGCUUCAGCUUUCAAUGCAAGCCUGAUUAAUCCGAGGGCAAUGAUAAAGAAAAAACACCACAGGUGGGGUUCCUGGUCCUGCUUCUGGUUCUUCUUGUUUUGUGUUGUUCUCGGGUUGGUGAAUUGAGAUGGGACUGAACCUGAACCCACCCAUUUCUCUAUAAAGGAAAAAAAAAAAACAGUACUUUCCCUGCCCCCUUAAAAACCUCUCUUUACUCCAGAUUGAGACCUAUCCUUGGUGGCACUUGUCCAGCUCCGACACCCCGUACACCUCUUCUCCUUCUUUUAUUUAUUUUUACCCUUUUAAACGUAUGCUGGGAUUGAGAGAAUCCUCUUUUUCACAGAUGUUUUGUAAAUGAAGAUUGAAUUUUGGGUUGUUCUUGAAUUUGUCUAUCUGGGUUUUGGAUUACGAAAUCUGGAAAGAUUUAUUGGGGAUGAGGGGGAGAGGCAUAUGCACCUUGUUAUAAGGUAAACAAUCGCCGCCGUGGUUUUGUUUAAGAAUUAAGACACGUUGUUGAGUCCCCCACCUGGUCACUCCUAUAUCUGAAACGCCUCUCUGGUACCCAACCCUGCAUGCACUAAACACAAAGCAGAGCAAUCAGAGGAGAGGAGAGGAGAGGAGAGGAGAGGAGAGUUGAGUUGAGUUGAUUGUUACUAGAGAUGCAGCAAGAAGUAGGAGGAGGUGGUGGUGAUUCUCCGCAGGAUCGGAGGUUGAAGGCGGGGGAGAAUCAGAAUCAGCCACAACAGCAACACCAGCCUCAAAAAUGUCCACGAUGUGACUCUCUGAAUACCAAGUUCUGUUACUACAACAAUUACAGUCUCUCUCAGCCGCGGUAUUUCUGCAAGACAUGUCGGAGGUACUGGACUCAAGGAGGAACCCUAAGGAAUGUCCCCGUGGGAGGCGGUUGCAGGAAAGGAAAACGCACAAAGGCCUCUCCUUCCGGAGACGAUUCAAGAUCAAUUCAGCCGCAGCCACCGCAUAACUUGACGAACCCGGUGAUCGCUGCAAGUCCUGAUUUGAGGGUGAAAGAACCCGGAAACCUUGCUUCACCUUCUGGGAUUUCUUCGGUUGGAUCGUUUUAUCCUGGCGGUGGAUUCCUGUCUUCUUUAGCAGCAAUUCAAUCUUUGCAUCCACCACCGGGAUUCAAUCAACCCCUAAAUCAAACUCUCACCAUCGCCGGUGAUCUCGGUGGUUCUUCCAAUUUGGGUCUGUUUCAGGGAUACAGAGCCGCCAUCCCUUCUUUUGGGUUGCAACAGCCCCCGUCAAUUCCUCAGACCCAUUUCUAUGUGGGAAACAGAGAAAAGGCUGUAACUUCCAUGUACCCAUCUGAUCAAGACACCAUGGCUCCCUCUACCAGGGCUCCUCAGCAACAAAAUUGGCACCAAACUUUCAUCAACAAUGCAAACCCUACAGUCUCCGAUGAGGUUUUAUGGAGUACAAACGGCCCCGCCAGCACCACCAGCACCACCGGCAACACUAACAACACCAACACCAGUGGUUCUUCCUCUUUGAACCCAAAUCGAUGGCCUGAUCUUCCAGGUUUUGGCGCUCCUCCAUAACGUUACUGGAACAGUUAAUGAUUCCGAAGGAAUUCUUUGCAUUUUCAUAUAUCAAGAUAAAAAAAAAAAAAAGCUUACAUUAUAUAUAUUGCACCAAUUUACUUUUGGUUUUGUUGUAUUUUUGUUGGGUCUUGCUAUGAGUUUGUUCAUUUUGCAAGUUGAAAUGUGUAUCUUUAGGUAGCUAUAGGGAGAAUUUUGUAGUGUGGGUAUUCGCGAUUUCAUGUAAAUGAAAACAAUAGCCUCUU